AUGGCACAAUUCCCGCGUCGUCCGCCAUCAGACAUCAAAGUAAUCAUCGUCGGCGCAGGUUUCGCCGGCAUCGCCGCAGCCAUAGAAUGCGACCGCAAAGGGCACACUGUUACUCUUCUCGAAAAGGCCGAGUCCAUCGAAGAAAUUACACGCUUCGGCGACAUCAUCAGCUUCGAUCCCAAUGGCGCGCGCCUCUUUGAGCGCUGGCCCGGCGUCAUUGAGGCUAUGUACAAAGUAGCGCGCAAGACCUCUUGGCUGGACCUGUACCAUUGGAAAGGCGAGUUCGUCACGCGGCAGUCAUUUGCAGAGGAGAAGAGCUGGGGUCCGAGGAUUAAUGGCCAUAGAGGGGAGUUGUACGAUAUCAUUUACCAGCAUGCGAAAGAUAGAGGACUGGAUAUCAGACUUGGGCAGAGGGUCACAGAUUACUUUGAGGACGACGAUAAGGCUGGCGUAGUUGUCGACGGAGAGAGGAUGGAGGCCGAUGUUGUUAUCGCCGCGGAAGGUGUCCGGUCACGUGGCCGAAAAAUCGUACUGGGAUUCGACGACAAGCCGAAAUCCUCCGGAUACGCUGUGUAUCGGUGCUGGUUCAACGGCGAUGCGAUCAAAGACAACGCUCUCAUCAGACACCUCGUCGUUAACGGGGAUACCCAUUCCGGAUUCAUCGGCCCAGACCUGCAUUUUCUUGUUUCCUCGCUUAAAGACGGCAAGGAGUUCAACUGGGUCUUCACACAUGUCGAUGACGGUAAUAUAGAAGAAAGCUGGCAGUUUCCUGGUAAGAUCGAAGACUGCCUAAAGUACGUGGAAGGCUGGGCACCUGUGGUCCAAGAGAUUGUGCGAGCAACACCGAAGGACGCGAGGCUCAUCGAUCACAAGCUCGUCUUUCGGGAUCCAUUGCCAACUUUCAUAUCCCCAAAAGCUCGCAUUGUACUCAUUGGCGAUGCAGCACACCCAUUUCUCCCGACUUCGAUACAAGGAGCGAGCCAGUCGAUUGAGGAUGGUGUCGUGCUGGCUUCAUGCCUGGAGCUCGCGGGCAAGAAUAAUAUCCCGCUUGCUGUCAAGGCGCAUGAGAAGAUCCGCUAUGGUAGAGUACAUAAAGCGCAAGCUACAGGUGUGAAGACGAGAGAAAGGUGGCACAAGGCGAAUUGGGAUGAGAUUCGAAACACGCCUGAAGCCAUUCACCUAGCGAGAGAGGCGUGGCUGUUAAACUUUGACUCGGAAAAAGACUGCUACGCGCGGUACAAUGAAGUGGUGAAAAGCUUAGAAGGCGAGCGAGCAAAGCUAUAG